AUGGCCGACGCACGACCAUCGUCCUCAUCCGGCGUGUCGUCGAUCAGACACGGUAGGAUUGUCACGUCUGAAGUCGGUGACCCGAUUGGCGGUGGCGCGCGGGCAGGAAAGGCACAGGAGUGUGUGCAGGUGUGGGCGCGUGACACUCGUAAACGAGCGCCGAGCGGCAAACUGGCCGAACAAAAAGCAGCUAAUGCACCGUGUUAUCGUCUGUUUAUUUACAUCACAACAGUACGGUCGACGGUUGUGCGGUCUGAGGCUAAGGAAGCUCGCGAAACCGGUCCAGUCCCCUGCGCUGCCGACCUCACACCGAGAGCCCCGCUACCCGGCCGCCCGGCCGCCGCAGAACCGAGCGGAAAGUUUACUGUCGAUCGAGCUGACCGACCAAUCGUCCGAUCCGACUGA